AUGUGGAUAUUCAGGAAGAACCUCCUCAGUCGGAGGUCGACGUUGCCCGACGAUUUUCCAGCUGGCGGAUGGGAGUCGGAAAGACCUUUGCCUGGUGAUCGAUUGCAGAAGGGGCAUCUGAAGCAAGCACUGAUCAAUGACGCCGUCGACGAAGCUAUCGCACGGAGCAUAUUCCGAUGCAUCUUCUCCAGCAAAGGACCUCGUUCUUACCCACUCGAAGAUCUAACCAUAAUGCCGACAAGCAUGAGCUUGGACGGACGGAGCUCCUUGGAGCGAGAGCUAAGUUUGGUGAACGAAGUUAUCAGCGAACAAUGUCACGUUCGGAGAGGUAUUCGUGACGACGAGCGAGAUGACCUGUUUGUUGAGACGGGCGAUUCAACAAUUUGGAUGUAUGGUCAGGCUAGCCAGAGUCAGAACGAAGAGUUGGAGAAAGGGGGUGUCAAGGCCCUUUUCAUCUCCACACAUGGUGUAUUUUACCGAGGCGAUGGUCCAUGUCUCCAGCUUCUUCUCCACAAAGAGCCUCAGUACUCGGUCUGA